CAAAACAAGAAACGAUUAGAUAGAGCAAAAAAUGUGCAGUGAUUUGAUUUCGAAAAGGUUGCUGGGUCUAUUUUGAAUCAAAGUGCGCUCCAACAUUCAAGUAACGAUUGGUAUCCUCGUGAUUCAUCCAACGGCUAUGUGAAUCUCUUCAAACUGUUACUGUUUUGGGCAUACCCAUCAAAAGUUCUUGCGUUUCAUGCUAGUAUAAAACCACAUUAUAAUUGACAUUCACACUUGAAAUCUUUUAUCUCCUCUUUCUCUUUAUCAUCAUUAUACCUUCCUGUCUACGUGAAGGAACUAGAGUAGAAUAGAAUAAACCACCAUGACUGCUUUGCACCUUUUUAUACUUUAUCCAUGUUAGAAUACUGAUCUUUUUCCCAUUCAAAGUUCUUCUUGUCAGAUCCCAACUUCUUAGGAAAAAUUCCUAUUUAUUCUAACACCUAUCUCUGCGAUCUGAUCAAGACCCAUAUCCUAAAAUGCAGAUUCUUAAGUGGGUUUUCAAGCUUUUUUUCCUAUAUUCCGUUUUUGAUGUAUUUUCAGUGUCGCUUGCUCAGACAAGCCCACUACAGACACCAGUUUGCUCAGAGACGGAUAGGGCAGCUCUUCUUGGGUUCAAAGCUAGAAUCCUCCAGGACACUACAGGGAUUCUCUCUUCAUGGACUGGGAGAGAUUGCUGUGGAGGAGAUUGGGAGGGUGUUCAGUGCAAUCCUGCUACAGGGAGGGUAACUGGGUUGGUGUUGCAGGGGCCUGAGAGGGAUAGCGACCAUUACAUGAGUGGCACUUUGUCACCUUCUCUGGGUAGUUUGUCUUUCUUAGAGGUAAUGGUCAUAAGUGGUAUGAAGCAUAUUGCAGGUUCUAUUCCUGAAAGCUUCUCGGGUUUGGUUCAUCUCGCACAAAUGAUCCUCGAAGACAACUCUCUUCAAGGGAACAUUCCUCCUGGCUUGGGCCAUUUGUUCAACCUCAACACUCUGUCACUAAACGGGAACCAUCUGACAGGGCAGAUUCCUCCUAACCUGGGGAAUCUGAGAAAGCUUCAAUUAUUAGGUCUGGCAAGAAAUUCCUUAACAGGUUCUAUCCCAACUAAUUUCCAAAAUCUCCAUAGUUUGCAAACUCUUGAGCUUAGUUUCAAUUUGUUGUCUGGGUCAAUUCCAGAUAUUCUUGGCCAGUUUCAAAACCUUACCCUCUUUGAUCUUUCCAACAACCAAUUGUCAGGACAACUGCCUACUUCCAUAUUCAAUUUAGAGAAACUUCAGGACUUGUCGUUGGACCAUAACCAACUGAUAGGAAAAAUCCCAAACCAGAUUGGCAGCUUGAAAUCCCUUACCCAUCUUUCUUUGAGUUCUAACAGGCUUACAGGUCAAAUUCCAGAAUCCAUUUCAAGAUUACAGAACCUGUGGUACCUUAACUUAUCUAGAAAUGCAUUCUCAGACCCUUUACCCAUUACUCAAGGCAGGGGUCUUCCUUCUCUAUUGUCAAUAGACCUGUCUUACAACAAUCUCAGUUUAGGGACAGUUCCAAAUUGGAUCUUAGACAAGGAACUUUCAGAUGUGCAUUUAGCGGGCAGCAAACUUAGAGGGAGCCUUCCAAAAUUUACAAAACCAGGCUCUUUGAACUCCAUAGACCUGUCAGAUAACUUUUUCACAGGUGGCAUUUCUGGUUUCUUCACCAAUAUGUCUAAUUUGCAAAGACUCAAACUCUCAAAUAACCAAUUGAAGUUUGAUCUUUUAGAGAUCAAACUGCCAGAUGGGAUUUCCUCUGUUCAGCUCCAGAAAAAUCAGCUUUCUGGGUCUCUCUCGAGAAUCUUAAACAACAGGACAAGCAGCUUUUUGGAGAUUUUAGAUGUAUCAGGUAAUCAAAUUUCUGGCACGAUUCCAGAAGUCACUGAAGGAUUAAGCUUGAAGGUCCUCAACAUAGGAAGCAACAAGAUUGCAGGCCGCAUCCCCAGUUCAAUUUCAAACUUGGUUGAACUAGAAAGGUUAGAUAUUUCCCGGAACAAAAUAAUGGGCAUCAUUCCAACAAGCCUGGGACUCGUAUCAAAACUUCAAUGGCUUGACAUGUCUAUCAAUGAGCUCACAGGGUCAAUUCCAAGGAGCUUUUUGGGAAUUAAAAAUUUGAGACAUGCAAAUUUCAGAGCCAACAGACUUUGUGGAGAGAUCCCACAAGGAAGGCCAUAUAAUAUCUUCCCUGCAAGUGCCUAUGCUCAUAAUCAAUGCCUAUGUGGCAAACCUCUUCCACCAUGUAGAGGAAAGAACUAAGGAAAAAUGGGCCAGUGAGUCGCUGACCAAAGGAGGGAAGCUCGUGUCAAAUGAGCAUUGCCACAUGGAAGGGAAGUAACAUUUAAUGUUUUCUGCAACAGUUAAAGAUUCAAAUUUUUUUUCCCUAAUGCUUACAAUUUCUGUAGCCAAUUUCAAUAAUACAUGAUUAUUGAAGAGACACAUAUUUCAAUUCAA